AUGGAUAAUUCGUUUGCGAUGGAAGGUCCACUUAGUAAAUGGACUAACCUCGUCAAUGGUUGGCAAUAUCGUUGGUUUGUGCUUGACAUAAGCCUAGGGGUUUUGUCUUAUUAUACGUCUAAAGAAAAGAUGAUGCGAGGCGAUAGACGUGGAUGUGUUAAGUUGAAAAAUGCUCAAGUUGGAAUCGAUGAUGAAGACGAUAGCACGUUCACCAUUACUGUUGAUCAUAAAACAUUUCACUUACAAGCCCGUGACUCUGAUGAACGUCAGAAGUGGCUAGACGCUUUACAAGAAGCCAGAGAUUUACAUACACAGAAUUAUGCUCUUCUUAAUCAGACUAAUCGUUUACUGGAACAUCCUUGUUGUCUAUCGGAAUUCGACCGCCGUAUCGUAGAGGCAGAUGCGUUUUUACAAAUCCUAAUCGAUCAACAUGAGCAAUUGGUCAGUCACAUUCCAUCAUCUGAUGAAUGUCGACCGGAGAUUAUGGGUGCUGUCACUUUUCGGAUGCAAAGGCUCAUCGAAUUGGUGAAAAAGACAAUUGUAUGUCUUCAGUUUGCCAGAGGUUCAAUCAAUGGUUCUUAUCGUACACCGCUCACUUUGAAUGACAGCUUCGUCUCCGAUGGGGUUGACGUUCAGCUGUCUAAACCAAACAGUGCUAAUUCUACAUUGAAAAUGAAAGAUUUUGAUUUUAAAGCACACGGCUUAAAUCAUACAUUUACAAACUGUCAAAGUGGCGAAGCUGAUGGGGAAAAUCCAUUUAGUUCUUGCCAAGAAUCAUUACCAAGUGCUUCUCCUGUUAUAACUCAGAAACUUUCCAGAAAACAUUCUACUCGUAAUUCUCGACGUUUAGAGAAAGGGACGGUACACAAACGGACAUCGUCUACCACAGAAUCAUCUAUUGGGUGCAAUUCAUUAAGUUCACAUACUGAACAGCUAACUACUAUUUCUUCAUCACUCCCUAAUAAUACUGUCAUUUCGAAACGAUACUUUGCUGCAUUAGACUCACCGUCUUCGAAUUAUCCAUCCUCGUCUAUCGCAAGAAUGCCAGUUAGGUCGUAUUCUUCUUCAGAUGAUGAUCGAUCUCAAUUGGAUCAAGAGGAAGAGGAUGAAGAAUUCUUUGAUACUCAAGAAGAUAUAUCUGUAAACUGUGCGAUAAUCAAUUCUCCUCAACUUGCUAAAGAUAAUACAAAUAUGAACAUGCAUUCUAAUCCAGCUGCCUCUAUAACAAAGUCUGGUCGUUAUCGCUCGAGUCAGUCAUCAAAUAAUCAGUAUAAAUGGUCUUCGGAUGAUACCUUUGAUGAGUUAUAUGAUGAUGAAAAUGAAGAAGAGUUAGGUUCUGUGCAAUCUGAUGGUUCUGUUAUAAGUCAUCUUCUUUCCCAACUUCGAAUCGGAAUGGAUUUAACUAGAAUUAGUUUGCCCACGUUCAUUCUUGAACGUCGUUCUACACUGGAAAUGUAUGCAGAUUUUUUAGCACAUGCUGAUUUAUGGGCUGUUAUUCCUAACGCAUCAACGCCCCGUGAUCGUAUGGUUGCUUGUCUUCGAUGGUACUUAUCUGCAUUUCACGCUGGCAGACGAUCAUCAGUUGCUAAGAAGCCAUACAAUCCAACGUUAGGUGAAAUAUUUCGUUGUUAUUGGCCUCUAUCUGGAGAAAGUGGAAAUAAUUCAGCGAAACCACAGGAUGAAUUAUAUAGUUCUGGUCCUGUUCCUUGGGCGCCUAAAAAUUCCGUAGUCUUUUUAGCAGAACAGGUGUCACACCAUCCGCCUAUAUCCGCUUUUUAUGCUGAAUAUGUUAAUAAUCAAAUAACUGUAGAUGGACAUUUGUGGACUAAAUCCAAAUUUCUUGGUCUAAGUAUAGCUGUAGAAAUGGUUGGUUCAGCUGUCAUAUCUUUGCUGAAUCAUGGUGAAGAAUAUGUGGUUACAUUUCCGUGUGGAUAUGGCAGGCACAUCCUCACUGUUCCAUGGAUUGAAUUGGGUGGUAAAACCAGUAUAACUUGCUCGAAAACUGGCUAUGUAGCUAAUAUUGAAUUUCGAACAAAGCCUUUUUACGGUGGUAAAAGAGAUAUUGUACAUGCUGAGGUGUUUGGACCUAAUGAUAAGAAGGCAUUUCUUGUUGUUGAAGGCGAAUGGAAUGAUAAAAUGAUAGCAAAGUGGCCUCAAGGGAGAAAUGAGGUAUUUAUUGAUACGCGGAGCCUACCGACUAUUAGAAAACAUGUACUUCCUCGAUCUCGCCAAGAAGAAAAUGAAUCAAGACGAUUGUGGGAAGAAGUGACUUACAAUUUAAAAGUGGGUAAUAUCGAUGCAGCAACAGAUGCUAAACAUCGUUUGGAACAGCGGCAGCGAGAUUUAGCCCGACAGCGAAGAGACUCAAAGUACACAUGGACACCAGAAUACUUCCGUGGAGAAGGGGAAAACUGGAUUUAUAGACAACCUUUGAUUCAGCGCCUACACCAAUCACCCACGGAACCAAGUACUAGCUGCAAGGUCACCAAUGCUGCUUGUUUACCGGAUAAAAUUGCUAAUCCAGUUUCUUGUAACAAGCCAGUUACUGAUUCUCCUGAGAUGGUUCGUGCUACUACAUCAAAGUCUUCGAUCCCUGUAAUGGAAUAUUUUCCUAGUCCUUAA